AUUGCAAAUACGGCAAAGUAAUCAGUAUUGUGUAAAUAACAAGUUAUGUGUCUGGCUCUGACAAAGCGGGUGUGGGCUGCUGACCAUGAAAUGGAAAGUCUUCUGCUAUCACUGACACUGAGCACAGGACAAGAGAAAAGCUAAGGGGGAAACUGCCACAAAAGAAUUCCGUUUGGACAUUGAGUGGAAGUCUGUCGAGGGAUCCAAGGAAAACUUCAGACAUGGAACAAGGGGGAACUGUUGAGCCAGUGUUGGCAGCUGCUGUGCCUUCAGUGGCAGCGCCUGUGGCGCACCAACCUGUUGCUGCCACCGUGCCGCCAGUUGCUGCACCUGUUCCCGUUGUUACUGCAGCCCCUGUUGUUCCUGCUCCGACUGUCAUUUUGCCGCCAGUUGCUGUCCCGACACUUGCUACAGCUCCAGCAGUUGCCACUCCGGCAGCAGUGGCUGCUCCAAUAACCCAAGUUGCUGCUCCGACUCCAGCGGCAUCGAUUCCUUCACCGAUACCGAAUGCUGCCGCUCCUAUUAUCCCAGUUUCUGCACCGACUCCAACUGUUGCUACUGGUACUGUUGCACCUGCAGCUGCUGCUCCAGUUGUGGCUCCAGCUCUUGCUGCUACUGUUGCCGAUCCGAGUUCCGCUCCUGCAGCCAUUUCGCCACCAGCUGCUUCUCCAGUGACUCCUGCACCAGCUCCUAUCCCAGUCACGCCAGCUGCUGAGCCGCAAGCUGUUGUCCAACCUAUUGCUGCGGCGAUUCCCGCCACUGUUGCUCCCGUACCUGCACCAGCGGCAUCCACUCCAACAGCCGUGCCGGUGCCAGAACCAGCUGUUGGCGCUACUACUGUUGGUACUACCGCAACCGCUGCUCCUGUCCAGACUCCACUAACGACUCCAGAACCUUUCGCUGUUCCUCUUCAGAUAGCUCCACCAAUUCCAGCACCAGUGGCUGUCGUAAUAGAAACGCCUGUGGCUGCUCCUACUGUCCACUCUCCGGUGGCUACUCCAGAGCCUGUUUCUGUUGCUGCUGCAGAAAUACCAACGGCUACCCUGGAACCAGCCGUAGCCGCCGUGCCAACUUCUGCCCAGAUUACGGAGUCUGUUCCAGCUACUGCAGAACUAUCAGUGCCAGUCCCGGAGGUAGCUGUAGCCCCCGUAGAAACAACAGAGCUCCCAGCUGUAUGCGAGACAAUUGGAUCGGAACCCGUUAUUGCAGCCGUCGAAGCUCCCGAAGCGAUACCAGCUCCGGCUGUUCCUGCCGUCGCAGAAACUCCGACCCCUGCUGCUGGUGUAGAAACAGUUUCUGCUACCGUCGAAGCUCCAAUUAUGACUGCCACGACUCCCUCGGUGGUGCCAGCAGUGGCUUCAGAGCCAAUUGUUGCUGCCGUCAUAGGAACUCCAGCAAUUCCUGCCGCUGAACCUACAGCAUUGAUCGUGGAACCGGCUGCUGCUGUUGCAGAUAUACCCAUACCCUCGACCGUUUCGGAGCCUGUUAUAGCCGUCGUAGAAGCUCCAGCUCCUGCCCCCAUUCCACCCGAACCAAUCAUCGAACCAACUGCAGUUCCGACUGUCGAAACUAUAGAAGUUAUCUUGCAACCAGCUGCAGUGGUGCCAGUGUCCAUUCCGGACUCAGUUAUUGCAGCCGUUGAAGUUCCCAAGUCGGUUCCGGUCGAACCGGUCAUUGUAACCGAAACAUCUACCGUACCUGCAGAGGUUCCAGUCGCUCCAGUCGUGAUGGAAACACCAGAAGUUUGUCCAAGCCCAGCUGCAUCCGCGGAUGCAGUUGUUGCUCCGGAAGCGUUGUCAACUCCAUCUCCCGAAUCUAUUGUCCAAACUCCCACACCCACUCCAGAAACAGUUCUGGUUGCUACUCCAGCUGAUCCAGUAACAGUCGAAGUUCCACCUGUGGUACCGGAACCAGCUCCAGUUGAUACGACUCCAGCGUCAGUUGUAGAUCCAGUAACUUCUGCACCUGUUUCCCUUCCUCAACCGGUAGGUCCUGAGGCGCCAGUGACUGCAGCUGUUAUAGAAUCGCCAGUAGCUGCAGAUGUUAUAGAGGCACCAGUAACUGUAGCUGUUACAGAAACGCCAGAGGACAUUGCUAGUUCAGAGAUUCCACAAGCUGCCGAGGAGCCAAAAGCACCAACACCGCAACCAGCAGCUGCAGAAACUUCUGCAGCGGCCACCAAUGAAGUUCCAGCUGCUGCUGCUACAGAGAUUGCUGCCGAUGUAGAAGCUGCGGCAAACAUAUCGGAGCCAUCUACUGAAACCAUUGUUCCUGCUGCCGAAAUUAUAGCAACCGAACAACCAUUAGUUUCUGGUGUAGAAACUUCCUUACCGGAGGUACUGGAUGCAGUUGCCUCUCCUGCAGCCGAAGUACAGAUUCCAGAACCAAGUGCUGCUUCUGCUACCCCAGAGACACAACCAGAAGCUAUUGAAGUGACUGCCAUAUCUACUCCGGAACCUGCUGCUGAGAUCUCCGCAACUGUUGCUCCAGAAAUUUCCGUAGCCAGCUCCUCUCCAGAUGCGGCCGAUGCCGCCGCAAAAGAACAAAUCGAUUCUCCAUCCACUGAUCCAAGCUCCGUUCCAGUAGCCAAGAUAACGCCCUUACUGAGGGAUCUACAAACGACAGAUGUGUCGCUGUUGGCCAUUGCGGCUACCCUAGAUGCCAUUGGGGAGAAGCUGAAGGACCAAAAGGCUCGCAAUCAGCAAGUCAUGGACAGACUCUGCGAAAUCGAAAAAAUACUAGGUCCUCCAAAACAAAACUAAAUAAAGGAACUUAAUAACUGUUACUAGGAUCGAGUGAAUUUAAAUAAAGUGAACAAUUUUAU